GCCACGAGUCGAAGGCUGGGCGACGCGGCCUCUUGCUCCUUUCACGCCUUGUGCAACGCACCUCGGUUUCUCGUACCUUUUUUCGUGUCUCGUUGUGUUCCUCAAAAACCUCCCUUGACACAAAAAGAGAUUCCAAUUUUGUCUCCAGCCAGGGCAGACACGAGUACCUUUGGCCCGAGAAUUCUCGACUGUAUCAACUGUCCGUCGUAUUAUCCUCCUCUACUCCGUAGGAUACUCCGCACGGGAUCCCGCCGUUCCUAUCGAAUGGCAAGGGGUUCUGACAACCCAAACAACAACUCUUAGCUGUGCCAGAUCACUAGCUUUCCUUAAGCUAUUUGCGCCAUCACGUCGGGUCGCCCUCUGACGUCCGGAUUUGACCAUGGCACGGCGGAUACCAGAAGCUUGCAAGGGUCCGUCUUGAGGGGUAGUGUCGGUGAUCCUUGCUAGCAAUCAAGCCACCCACACUUUGGAGCUCCUCGAUAUCGCGCACUAAAACUGCAUUCUCCCCAAUCCGGCACGCAGCUCUAAGGGAAUGCACGUUACUCACCGGCGACGGCGCGCCAGCCUAAGAACUCUCAUGCUCUGCUCAUCAUCGACAUCGUCUCCCGCUUGCCAUCCAACCGCGCCCGCCAACUGCCCGCCUACAGCGCUUACUUGGCCUUCCCGCACGACAAAGAGACGGCGCCUUCCUGCCACCUUCUCGGCCGUAUCCUUACCGAUCUAACCUGCUUAAACCCACAACGGGCCCUACUCAACGGCCUCUCGUCGCAAGGCUGUCUCCUAGUCCACGACAACUUCCCACCAUAAGUCCCUUAGUCGACUACGGCAUUACUUUUUUUCCCCGAUGAAGAUGCUGUCACUGGGCCUUCCAAUCGUCAACUUCGGCCUUGGUUGCCCCCGGCGCUGACUCCGAACUUCACCGAGCGAGGCAAAAGGAGGCACAGAAGUCCAGCUGCAGGUGUGCUUCGCCCGGUUGGUGCGGAAUGCCUCCCCUCUUCGUUUUAGCUGGUCAUCGUGCCUGAGGUCAUCACGGCACGGCAUCAGUGCCCCCCGCCCCUGGCAAUAACGCACUGUGACAAUCGUGGGAUUCCAGAUUGCAUCGAUCACUUGUGGCUCCCAUCUCAUCUGGUACACUGCGGCGCAAACACAGGGUACCCUGGUCGAAAAUCCAGAUUGCCGGGUUCGCAGCCACCAGCAAAUAUUUGGUAACAAACAACCACGCAAACCAGCGCAGCAAAGGAAGCAAACAACCCUCGAAUCCUGACAAUUUCCACGCAUAACGGGCAAACAUGUCUACGAAACCGUUAGACAGUUUUAUUUUGCGGCUUGAUUUCUGGGCCUUGACUGAAAUUGCUCCAUCUAUCGGCUAAGCAACAUCGGCUUCUUGCCCGGUGUCGUGUCGUCGUGUCAGGUCGUGUCGUCCAUCCCCGAGUCCUCCGACUCACCAAGUUGGUAAUCGAACUGAAUCUGGACUCUACUCGAGCCAAGACGGCUCUCUCCAUUGGCUGCGUUGCGAGAAUCACGGCGACUACGGAGACUAGGAGACUAAUCCAAGCCGUCGUGGAGUCUACUUACGUGGUCGGCUGGCUCGUUGAAGAGCUUCCCGAAGCCGCUUGAUAGUUCGAUGGAUCUUGGCCAGAAGGCUCGAUGGGACGAGGCAGAGGCGGCGGGGGAGGCUUCGCCGUUAUCUCUGCCACCUUGUGACAUCUGACAUAUGAGGCAAGCGAUCCAACUCGAACCCGAGGCUAGGCGUCGAAAAGCUCGAAUCGCGAUCAUAGGUUGCACAGCAUCUGGUGCCUGCGCCGCGCUGCACCGUUUUCCUGAAGAAGAUGGGUGCUAAAUGUGACGUCCAUCAACGACGCCGUCGAAGCAGGAUCACCACUUGCCCCUUAGCCAUUCCUUGGCACACAAACUCGAGGACCCGCCCUUUCAGCCACGUUCUGCAUGCUGUUGCGGUCCCUGUCGACCAUAGGAGACGAUGGGAGACCAAGUGGUCCAAGGCCAUGCCGCGCGGUGGUGGGGGAGCGGAUUGGAGUGGUGAGUUACCUUAGUACCUAGGAACAUCGGCUCGACUCGACUCGACUCGACUGUGACGGUGGGUAAGAGACUCAGACAGACGCCACACCUGGCGGAUGGUGGCCCGUCAUGGUGGGAAAAAAAAAGCUCUUUAUGUUUUCUCUCUCUGGAGAGAGCUUUCUUUGUCCUUUUUCCAUGCCACAUCUGUCCAAACCUUUUCUGAGUUCUGACACUUCGUUUUUGCAUGUUUCAUCGUCUCCACAGACAGGGACCCUGGUGGAUCUUCCGGCCCCUUGCAAGUGAUCCUGGGCUGGUUAGUGCAGCUCUGUGCAGUGUGCAGAUUGAAGAGAGGAGAACUAGAGACUGGGGGACUGCAGACGUGUAUCUCUGUCUCUCUGUCUCUCUCUCUUUUUGUCUGCGAGCUAGUGGAGCAGGUUUCUUCUUUCAGGCAUCGUCCUCUCAUACUGUCUAGCAAUGAACAUCGGAUCGCUGAAGUCAGGCAAGGUCUGUACCGUGGUGCUGGGCCGCCGGGGAAGUGCCCAUUGGUUGUCCGGGCGAGCAAGCGGUGCUGUUGUCUACUCGAUUCGAGCGAACCAGGCUGGAUGGACUGACUGGAUGGAGACUUGAGUCUUGUCUGUAAUUGUUCUGCACACCCCCUUUCCACUCCCUCCUCGUCGUCCCUUUUUCUCCUACGGACACCUACCAGGCAGGCUACCUUCCAUGCCAGAGGUACGGAUACCAUACCCUACUCCCAUAUCCCGGUCCGUAGUUCUGGGGAGGUUAGCCCAGAUGCUAUUUCUUUCCAGUCCGAGAGGACAAGGUCCAGCAUCCUCGUCCAUUUUCGCCAUGUUUUACUAUCUCGCUCCAAGGCUAGCCGAUGACUGUCCAAUCAAGGUAGCCCGGCACAUCCAGUGCUUUUUCGACCGAGCGGGCUAUGGUUGCGGCGAGGAAUGGAUCAGCUCGGGUCGUAUCGUAGUCGAUGCUCUUCGGUACCUCGCCUGCUCGCUGGAUCUCUCUCUUUUUGCCCUGCACCUCAUCAACGGUACUCUUGUCCCCGGUCGAGAGAAAAGCAUUCAUGUGUAGCUGUCUCAUUGACUAGGGAUCAGAGCAGCCCACUUCUUGGUCGAAUGGAUCAGGCCUAUUUGACUACACACCUCCCCUCACCCCCGACUCUCUGGAAUUCCCUCGCAAAUUGUUCUUGUUUUGCAAACGCCGAACCAUGGCAGUGACAAUGUCUGACGGUCCGAUUCGGAAGGCCUGCGAUCGGUGUCAUAGGCAGAAGCUCAGCUGUAAGCGCGUCGGCGAUGAAGCUUGUGAGCGCUGUAUCAGACUCAAGGAAGAGUGCACUUCGAGCCCUUCUCUGCGGUAUCGCAAGCAACACAGCCAGCAGCACCAGCAGCAGCACCACAACCACCACCAAUACGGCUCAACAGGAGAGGUUGUACGAAGAGCCAUCCCGACUCCCAAGCGGCAACGUACAGAGAGCGGGGCUGCCCAAGUCACACAGUCCGAUCAAGUUAUCGUCAAGACCCAACAUGGUGGUCCCGUCUGUGGUAACACGGCAUUCGGAGACAAUGCUGUCGUUUCACCUGAGGCCAUGCUUGACAUGGUCGAUUUCGACUUUGGCUUCGGUAACUCUGCCGGCCUCUAUCAACCCAGCACAAACCAACAACAAUUACCCCAGACUUUCACCGGAGCCAUGGACGAUCUGAUGUCAGGACAUGGAGAUUCCAUUACCCAUCCGUGGAGCCCAGUCCACUCGGCAACUUCAGACUCGGCAUUCACCUCACCCAUGGCACCGCAAGCAGACCAGGUCGGCCGGGUCUAUCUCGGAAGCCCUGCGUUGCAAAGGCAAUCUUCUUCAAGAUUGAGUAAGCCGCAUGACUUUACUCCACCACGGCGAGCAAGGAAGCGUGUCAAGCAAAGAACAAGGCAAAUCAUGCUCCGGCCGUACGCUGCUGGCCAAGGACCAUCGACUGGAGAGUGGAUGCCGCGCAUCACCGAAGUCAACUCCAGGCUCUUUGAGCUCUCGUCAAACCUACCCGCGCACAUCGACUCAUCCGAGGAGCCCGGCCGAUCCAGCAUAGCCUCAACGCCCGAUGACGGAAGCUCUACCUCGGCGCCUUUCCCAGUUGAUGAGAUGUUCAAACUCUCUCGACACUUUGCCGACCUUCUUGCGGAAAUGUCUCCACCGAUGGAGGCCGCCUCUCCCGCAAGCGAUGGCGGGAACUCUGUACUAGCCAAAGGACUCAACUCCUUGUCGGAUCCGGCGACCUGUCUCUUCGUCCUCUCGACGUAUGUUCGGCUUCUAGACAUGUACCAGAAGGUCUUCAGCUGCAUUCACUCAGAGCUAAAUCAGCUUGAGUCGGGUCACCUGUUUCAGUCAUGGAAACUUCCUGGCGUCACCGUGGGCUCCUUUGCCGUCGACUCGGCGCCGUCCCUCCAGAUGUCUCUCACGAUUCAGUUAGCGGAAGAGUUUCUAUUACAGAUGCGGCGAGCGUCUGCAUCACUCGAUCCGACUCUGCGAUCGGAUGGUUCACCAGCGGGAAAGGCCCCUGAUGCAGCCUCAAUGUUCUCUGGAGUAGUCGAUGUCUCAUUUCAGGCAUUGAAGAGGCAAGAAGAAAGCCUAGGCAAGGAACUAAAGGAUCUACGAAAGGCAAUGGAGACUUCUCUCGACGGAUGAAGACGAAGCCAAGGUGUGUAAUCGUGUUAGAUAGUGCAAAUUGCUGUAUUGGUGGCCUCGAUUUGCUUCUCAAUAUGCUUAGUGUGGGGAAUUGGACGACGGAUGGAGUUGUGUCAUGGAGUUCAUAGGAUCGGAUGGAGUCACUUUUAGACAUGAGGAGCCAAGACAGCCUCAAUCUGAACCACGCGGGACAAAGAAACGUCUUUCAUGUGCAAGUACCCCAUAUUCUCCACGAGGAAGAUAUGCACGUUGAUACAUUGACUUUGUGAAGGUUAUAAGUCACUACGGAACGGAUCGCGCUUCCGAAAUUCUUGAGCCCAGGACCGUUUUCGUCGUUAGGUCUCUCUCUAUUGAGUCUCUGAUGACAUCGGUUGCUCCCAACGCCGAAACAGACGUAAGUCACUCUUACACACGCUGGAUGAGCCGUCGUUGAAGAAGAGGCGCCGUCUUAUCAAGCCUCCCGGGCGGCCGAUGGCGUCCGCGAGACCGAGAUCGAGAGACUGGCUGACUAAAUAAUAGUCGGAAUCCCGUUUGUUUGCUGGCAACUAAAAUAGUCAACGCCGAACGUGCACGCCAAAUAAUCCCGGCGACCGUUCGAGACAUUCUUCGGCCACGGAACUCCGAACCACCCCUUUUGAUCCACCAGCAGGCAAACCAUCGCCGAACCUCAACUCACCUUUCAUCCCACACUCCCACACGCCCCCUACUCCCCUCCCCUUCCCAGAUCCCCCCCCCCCCCCCAGUUCCUCUUCAGCAC